UCUUCGUUGUCUGGAAUGCCUGCUUUAUGGAUAUAAUCAUGUACUUGGAAUGAUAUUUUGCAAGGUUCUCAUACCGCAAUUAUUCUUUGUUUCUUGGUUUCUGGUCACGUAAUUAUGACGUCGUUAUUCGCACUGAGACGUAUCUCAUUUUCUUUUAAAUUUACUGAUGGAAUUAAAACAGAUGUGCUGGUACAAGUGAGUUGAUGUCGAAAUCGUGACAUCAACAUCUGAAUAAAAAUUAAAAUCCUCAACUGUUUUGAUCAAAACCGAAUGUUUCACUUUUGCUGGUUGUUGCUUAAUCGUUAUUGGCGAACGACGUCGAUUUCGCACAACGGUUCUGUUCUCUAAUUGAUCUGAGAAGCGUACGUAUGCAUCGGAACGUGCUUUAAUUUGAUUCAAUUCCAGUAACACCAAACCAUCAACAACGUCAGACGAGGAACUUCAACUGUGAAAUAAGACGACGCUGUUUUGGCGAUUUAGAGUAUCAGGAUGGAGUUGGAUGAUGUUUUGCACGAGCUUAAAGACUGGGGUAAAUACCAGACUCUGGCUUUCAUCCUCAUCACUGUAUCAGGGACGUGGUUCCCUGCCUGGCAGAUAUUCUCAGGGGCUUUUACCUUGGCCACGCCGGAAUACUACCACUGCAACCCUGCACCGAACACCUUUCCCAAUCAGUCGCUUGUGCUGCAGAACGAGACCGAUGAUGGCGCUGUCAGAUUCGGCGUCGAGAGCUACGAGAACUGUCUGAUGUAUGACGUCAAAGAAGGGGAGAUGAUAACGGAUCAGACAAAAAUAGUUGGAUGUCAGAAUGGAUGGGAAUAUUACACCAUCUACCCCGAGGAGUCAACUGCAGUUAUCGAGAUGAACCUCGUAUGCGAUCGAGACAUCUGGCCCUCAACGGCACAAUCCGUUUACUUUGCAGGGGUGAUGGUGGGGGCGUUCGGUGCGGGUCAGCUAUCGGACAUAUAUGGACGAAAAACCGUUUUGAUCGUGUCCUUCAUCGGGGAAGGAAUAUGUGGACUGGUUGUCGCUUUCCUCUACAACUACUACGCGUUCGUCUCCGUCUGGUUUCUUGUGGGUAUGUUUGAAAAUGGUAUCAACAUCGUCGAGUACGUGCUCGUCGUGGAGAUGUUCACACCCAAGAAGCGCACACUGGCAGCGUGCAUCAACAAUAUUUCAUGGGGGUUAGGCGUCACCCUCCUCGCUCCUAUCGCGUGGCUCCUAAAAGACUGGCGCUGGAUGCAGAUUGCCAUCUCCAUACCAUGCUUCUUGGCAAUAUUCUAUUACUGGUUAAUCCACGAGUCGGUACGGUGGCUUCUUUCCCGGGGUCGUACCAGCGAUGCGCAAAAAGUCGUCGAGAAAAUAGCGGAAUUCAACAACCUCGGUCAUGUCCCGGUCUUGACCAAUUCGGACGAUGACUUCGCCAUGAAAAAGGAAACGUACAAGAAGAAGUCGACGGAAGGGAUGUCGAAUGGCGAAUCGGAGAAAGGCGAGGCCGAUAUGGCGGUUAAUCACGUGAGGAAGUCGACGUCGACAUCGUCGCUGACCACAGUGUUCGGCCUGUUCAGAAAGAAAAGGCUGUUUUUAAACUCAGUCAAUAUGUUCUGUCAAUGGUUGAUGUGUAGCCUGGUGUACUACGGAUUGUCUCUGAACAGCAGUGAGCUUGCCGGUGAUAAAUACCUCAAUUUUUUCCUUCUCGGCCUUGUCGAGAUACCGGCAUACACUCUCAUUAUGUAUACACUGGUCAAAUGGGGAAGGCGACCGACAUUAGUCGUGUCUAACUUUGUAGCUGCUGUCGCUUGUAUCAUCACAGCUUAUGUUCCGGAAACAUCAGCCGAUGGUACGAACUUGCAGCCCGUCAUCGUUAGUUUCGCCAUGAUCGGGAAGCUCGGCAUCACCUGCAGUUUCGGCACCGUCUUCGUAUACGGAACCGAGAUCUUCCCCACGUCGAUCAGAAACGUUGGAUUUGGUCUAUGCUCAUUUUGGUCCCGUGUCGGCGGUGUCAUGGCUCCCUUUGUUAUUUAUCUAAACAGGAUCUACGAACCUGGUCCACUUCUUAUCUUCGGCAUUUCAUCCUUCUUUUGCGGAGGCAUCGCUUUGUUCCUUCCUGAAACUCUCGACCGCCCGCUACCUGAAACUCUAGAAGAGGGCAACAACCUCCACAAAACUAAACCCAUUCACUCAAGCCGUGCGGAAUCGCCAUAUAUCGCCGGUGAAAGAAACCUGGCCAUGGAAACGUAGUUGACGCUGAGCGCUGACGCGAUGAUGGAACACAGCUGCAUUCGUGAGACGCCCUCUACGUUUGUCCAACACGCGGGCUUCAUUCGGUAUUGCGACACAGACUCCUGCGGCAGUUGUUCCGUUGCCAAUUCCCUGGAUUAAUUGAGUACCUAACUUUAAUCCUGCACCAAACACUAUACCCUACUCUAAACCUAGCCCUCAACCUAACCUGAUACCCUCUUACAAGUAAUACUCUUAAAGCUUAUCUGUACUAGUUUAUAUUAGGGAUUAUAAGGUCACUGCACAGGUGGUUAUCUCAUCAACUCAGCUCUCAAGAAGAGGAUUAUGGGGGACCAAUGGUCACCGAUUAGGCAUUUGUUUCUAUAUAGAGAGAGCAAGUAGCUACAAGUAGGACAGUGUGGCUUUAACAUCUAUCUUUGAUUAUGAUUCAAAACACGUUAGAAGCAAUAAAUACCGGAGCAUAAUGUAGGAUCAUCCUUCAAUCAUGUUUUUCCCGAUUGUCCUGGAAUUGUAAUUCAUUGGUUCGUGUAUUUGAUUUCGAUUUUUAUAAUGCAUCUUGCAUAAUUAAGAAUAAUGCUGAAUAGCUGUCACUUAAUUGCAUGAUUAGAGGGACUGUCUGAAAUAUAUUUGAAAACGGCUGAAAAUGUUGUAAAUAAGAGUAAUUGAGUACUGUGCGGCUUUGGAAAAUUGACCCAAUAUUAAUUAAAAUUAGGAACAGUUGCAACACUGCACCGAAAAUAUACAUAUAUAGUACUACUCACACAGCUUGGAUUCGGUUAUUUGAGUCCAAUGUUUUGAAUAAUUCUAGUCGUGUUUAGCAAUCUUUUUCAUGUGGCAUUAGCACUAGAAUGUACUAUGUAUUUACUAUAAAAAUAAACAAAUCUUUAAGUUAUGAAAGGAGUCAUCAAAAGUUAAUCCUGGGUCCCUUCUUAUAAAGAGUUGAUACUAACCGC